CUGCUCAAAUUAAUAAUAUGGUACAGAUACAAAAUAUAUUUGUCCAGGUUUGGGGUUAUUCUACGACUAGCCUUGGUUUGAUCGGACAUAUGUUGAGCAUUUGUGUGCUCACACGUUCAAAACUUCGUUCAAAUCCAUGUUCAUAUUAUUUUUUAGCAUCAACAAUCAGUGGUUUAUGUGUUGUUUGCAUUACUAACCCUAUACGUAUUCUUCAAUAUAGUUAUCAUAUUGAUUUUACUACAUACUCAAAUGCAUCAUGUAAAACUAUUACAUACAUACUGAAUUUAGCAAGAGGACAGACAUCAUGGUAUAUUGUUCUUGCUUGUAUUGAUCGGUAA